GCCUUGAACAGAAGCUGCACAAAAAAAAAAAAAGCAAAAACUUCUGCCUUAAGUCAUCUCUAGUUUCUCAGCCCUGACGAAGCCUAGCGUGGAGGGCGUCUACGGACACGGUUUGAAUUUUCCUGAGCUGUGACCUCACUGGGCAAAAUUCGCUUUUUUCAGCCAGCCCGCUGGAAGGAGGCCUGGGGGGGGGGUCUCUGUCUUUGACGGUGUGGCUCCUUGACUUGAUGGGAGGUGGAGGGGUGGUCUGAACGGAGGCUGCCCAACCAGAACCUGUGCCUGCACACUGCAUGCUCGCUUGUCAUCUCUUCCCCUCCUCCGGGUUGUGUACAUCCUCCGCCACAAAAGGAGCCGAUAUAUGAAGCUGUGCAAGCAAGCUCCUCUUUGGAAUGAUGGCCUGAGAGACUUCAGCCCUGAAGCGCAGAAGAGCCAGUCGGCUAGCAAAAAGCAAAGCAGCAGCAGUCUUUUGUUCCUCAGCUUCUACCCAGCAUGGGAUGCAACGGAUUUCCACAAUAAGGAAGUCAGCAAACCCUCAGCAGCUGGUUAGUCUUGUUCAACUUUCCAACACGGCACCCCGUGCCAGACUUUUUCCUGCAGCAGAAGCCAGUCGGUCUGCCUCACCGGGGACUAUGUUUAUUUGGCAUCGGUGAUGUCCUUAUUUCUAGGGAUGAACCUAGCAGUGGAGUCUUGAUUUUUUUUUAAAGAAAACAACAACAACAAUAACCAUAAAGCAAAAUGCAAGUUUGAAGCUGGAAGAGAGAAGCCCGAGGGGGAAAUAGGAUACUAAAAAUCUUCCCUUCUGAAAUAAGGACAAUGAAGGCGGCCGUUUGCUUGCUGCUAAUGGCCGCUGUAGGAAUCAAGGCGCAGAAGACCGAAGAGGCCGAAAGCCGCGCGGCGGGAGAGGCGCGAGAAUUUGUUUACCGCAACAGAUACAAACGCUCUGCCGAGGCCCAGGACAAAUGCACUUACACCUUCAUUGUGCCUCAGCAAAGAGUAACCGGGGCCAUUUGUGUGAACUCCAAAGAGCCCGACUCUGUGCUGGACAACAGGGUGAACAAGCAAGAGUUGGAACUUCUCAACCACGAACUCUUGAAGCAGAAGAGGCAGAUAGAGACCCUGCAGCAGCUGGUGGAGGUGGACGGCGGGAUCGUGAACGAGGUCAAGCUCCUGCGCAAGGAGAGCCGCAACAUGAACUCCCGCGUCACCCAGCUGUACAUGCAGCUGCUGCACGAGAUUAUCCGGAAACGGGACAACGCGCUGGAGCUGUCCCAGCUGGAGAACAAGAUCCUCAACCAGACAGCCGACAUGUUGCAGCUGGCAAACAAGUACAAGGACCUGGAGCACAAAUACCAGCACCUGGCCACCAUUGCCAACAAUCAGUCGUUCGUGAUCGCACAGCUGGAGGAGCACUGCCAAAGGACGCCGGCCGCCAAGCCAGUGCUGCCGCUGCCGCCGCCGAACCGCGUCUACCAGCCACCCACGUACAACCGCAUCACCAACCAAAUAUCCACCAACGAAAUCCAGAGCGAUCAGAACUUAAAGGUGCUACCGCCGACUCUUCCCACCAUGCCCCCCGUCACCAGUGUCCCGACAUCCACCGAUAAGCCCUCAGGUCCUUGGCGAGACUGUUUACAAGCUUUAGAAGACGGCCACGGGACCAGUUCCAUAUAUCUUGUCAAGCCUGAAAACACAAACCGAUUGAUGCAAGUCUGGUGUGAUCAGAGGCAAGAUCCCGGUGGCUGGACGGUAAUUCAAAGGCGUUUGGAUGGAUCGGUGAAUUUCUUCAGGAACUGGGAAACGUAUAAGCAAGGGUUUGGUAACAUCGACGGAGAAUAUUGGCUGGGGCUGGAAAACAUCUACUGGCUGACAAACCAAGGAAACUACAAGUUGUUGAUAACCAUGGAGGACUGGUCGGGACGGAAAGUUUUUGCGGAAUAUGCCAGCUUCCGUCUGGAGCCGGAAAGUGAAUUCUACAAGCUGCGAGUGGGCCGAUACAACGGCAAUGCAGGAGACUCCUUUACGUGGCACAAUGGAAAACAAUUCACCACACUGGAUAGAGACCACGAUGUAUACACAGGCAACUGCGCCCACUAUCAGAAAGGGGGCUGGUGGUACAAUGCCUGCGCUCACUCCAACCUCAACGGCGUCUGGUACCGAGGGGGCCACUACCGGAGUCGCUAUCAAGACGGCGUUUAUUGGGCGGAAUUCCGGGGGGGCUCCUACUCCCUGAAAAAAGUGGUCAUGAUGAUCAGACCGAAUCCUAACACUUUCCAUUGAAGGAGACAGCGUCCUCUCAAAGAGGUUGUAACUGGUUUUCCGGAGCGCAGCAACAAAGAAUGUAGGAUAUUGUACCACCGACCACUAGACAGGAGACCUGGAUGCUGUCCUAUUCCAGAAUCAAUCUACAACCAAAACAAGAAGCUUUUUUUGGAGGGGGGGGGUCAUCGCUCUUUGUGUGGAAAGAAAGAAAAAAAAGUAACCCACCCACCACUUUCGAGUGACACGGACCGUAGAUCAACGGAGAUCCUAGGAAAGGCGCCCUGCCAUCUAAAUACUUCUUAUGUUAUGUAUACUCUCCAAUCCUGCACAUAUCCAAAACUGUACAGUAAAUAAUAGACCCAUUUGACACAGGAAAGUAUAUCCUUUGAAGCUAUGUAGCCAGGGUGGGUAUCUUAGGCUGUUAAAAGGGACGGUUCUUAAUUUAAUCCGUGGCAGAGACUUAGCGCCUGCGUCUACCACUGUGUCUUGCGCAAAGAGAAGACCAAGUCUGGAAUUCUUCCACCUCCGCCUGGAUUGCCAGGCAGUGUCACAACUUCACAACGAACUAUUUCAAGUGGUUUAUACAAACAAUUCUGAUAUUCCUCUUUGCUCUUCCUCUUUAAUGCAUUGGCCAUUCUCCAAACGUUGACCAAACUUGUAUUUUUUUUCCCCCAAUUAUCUCAGCAGUAUCAAUGUGGUUUUUUUUUUUUCCCCUCUAGACUUUGGGGAAUAACUUAGAUCUGACUUUAUCACCCGCAGAAAUGGCUUCAUAAUAUAAAUGACAAUUCUGGGUUCUGAGCUAAGUUGCCCUUGAAGACUCUACACCAGGGGUUCUCAACCUUGGCAACUUUAAGACUUGUGGACUUCAACUCCCCAAAUUCCUCAGCCAGCAAAACUGGCUGAGGAAUUCUGGGAGUUGAAGUCCACAAGUCUUAAAGUUGCCAAGGUUGAGAACCCCUGCUCUACACUCUCUAAUAAAAAGAGGAAUCAUGCAACUUACAGAGUUUCCUAGACAAUGGAAUAAAAACUUGGAGGGCUUGUGAAAAAGAUUCUGGUAUCGUUAAAAACCAAGAGUUAAAGUUUACUGCUUCCUUAAAUAGAAGGGCAAAUAAUAGCUACUGGAACAGAACCCAUUUAAUUAGCCAUUAGACUGUAACUCUUUGGAGGGAUAUAUGAUACACUAUUUGUCGUAUUUUACCAUAAUGGACAAAUACACAUAUUAAAAGAGAAUUAUGCAAAUCUAUCUAUAACAUCCAUUGUAGAAACUUGAACUUCUGCAUUCUAGUACUCUGCUGAGGUAAACACCAAAAAAUUCUUGUUUUAAGACGUUACUUCCUAGGAACAGUGGAAACCAUAAAAGUUUUAAAACUGUUAUUACCUCAUUAUUUCAUUCCUGAUGGACAAUGUGCAUUAACAUUUUGGAAUGAGGUAGCAUGUCUUGUACAUAGAUGAAAGUAGGGAUUUUAAUAUAUCAUCAGAUUACCUUGUAAUGCUCCAAAUGAGUAAUAAAAGCAACAAAUGUUACUUGGAUAUCAA